CAGUAGGUUAGUAUUACACAUUAGUGUUCGUUUCAACGCAGCAUCGGAUGCAGUCGAUCCAAUUCCUGUUCCGCUUCUCCAAUCUACCGCCGCCGGCUAGCCAACUGGAACAGUCGAUGUGAAGAAUCCUAAUUACAUCUGGCAAAACGUGAUGAACAGCGAAAACGGGGGCAAAAAGGAGGUCGGGGAAAAGAAGGGCGCAAAUCAAUCAAGCCAAAAAGAAGGAAAGGCGACGAAGGAAUCAAGCAGCCACAGCCACGACCAUCGCUGCAACGCAUUCUCACUCCAAAACGAGGAAAAAGAAUAAGCGCAGCGUGAUGGAGACGUGCAUGGACAGCUUCAAUAAUGCUGCCAUCAGCAAGCAGGGGCCCUUUGCAAUAAGGUUUAGUAGUUUGCAUAUAUUAGCAGGACUGCAUCAUUGUGGCCUAAUUAUAAUACUAAUUGAUCUCCUCUAGUGCUUUAUCUUAUCUCUUCUUCUUUACGUUACCCGUCGAAAGGUUUCUCUUCUUUUGCUCCUUCGUGGCGAAGGGGAAUUCUUCGUCGUCGCACACCGGCGUUAAGCAAUUCGCAAAAGAGGAGAUGUUGAUACACCACUGAAAAAAGCAAUGAGGAAUGGGGACAAGUAGCAUUGGAGCAAAAAAGAAAGGUGUAAAGGAGGCUUCUUUUUUGGAAGGUUGAGGAGGUCUAGUGAUCAGGAGGGAUACCCCAGAAAUGGGAAGUUCCAACAUGAACCAAGUUGGUGAAUCUAGUGAUGUCCCUUAAUUGCAUCAUGGAAUCUAACAGGAUCCCAUUAUAGGGUCAUCACAAAACGAGCACUACUUAAAUCCUUCUGGCUUCUUGAGGUCCCAAAGGCUCCAUAGCAAUUCAAGUAGGUCAUGAUAAGCCCACUUUAUAAUUUUGUGUGAACCUAGUGUUGUCCUCCGCUCCAUUAUACUUCUUGUAACUACUUAUGUUCACAUAGUUACAUAUGUAUACGUGAGUAACAAGCUAACAAAUGCAAGGCGCUUUAAUCUGUAGGAGUUCUUGUACCAAACGAAGCUUCUGUUGCACUUCAAAUUUAAACUUAUGAAUAAGUUUACCUUCCCUGUUGAGUCUUCUUGCAUUCACCUUUCUGUCUAAUCAGUUAGUGACAGUGGAUGUGGUGUAUUUAACCAUCUUUGCUUGGUGGUGUUGCAGCAAAAUGUACGUGGAAACUACUUGGUGUCAUGCCUUUCCAGGGUACUGUCCAUCAGUUGUGCUAUCUGAAAUUAUUGAGCAGCAAUUGUGUCGACCUGCCGAAGUAACCAAGUGUGUAUGCCUGCAAUGCAGGCUUAAAAGCAUGCUUCUUUUACACCUGAAAGUUACCUUCUUUCUUCUCUGUCAGAAUCGUCUGCAUACUUUUCAGGCUCGCCCUUGUUAGGUGAUGAUGGAUGCGUAUACGUAUUCCUGUGUGCAAGCAACUUUGCACAUAUCCAACUAGUUUACGUAAAGAAUAAUUAGUGCUUCCUAAGCAUGAGGCUCAGAACAACUGGUGGUGUCUUUUGGAGCUGAGCUAGAGCACACCUGUGGAGGCCCCUGUGUUCAGCAAUUCGAUGUCGCCGUGCCUGUGUGAGUCGUAGGUCACCCUUAAUUGAAGAAAAAACUGCAACCAGAUACGAGGUGAUCGCAUCACUUUUUAAGGGAGAUCGUUUUAAGUAUGCUAUAAUGGAGAUGUACCAAGGCUAUCUCGAGGACCAUUUCAACAUCCACAAGCUUAGCAUCGGCAGCGCCGCCUCUCCGCCGGAGUACAUGACCUCGGCGUCGGCGCAGUACGCGGCGCCCGUCAGAAUGGGGGUGUGCGAGCGGCUGGCCCCGGCGCCGAUCGGCAUGUGGAGCAACGAGCCGUUCAAGGUCGACAGCGGCCAGGCCAUGAGCGCGUCCACCAUCUUGGAGGCAGACACCAAGUUCGACACUAUGCUAGAAGAUGUUCCACAGGUAGCACUAGAGCCAGCAAGAAGUGCUGAUCAGGAAACAAGCAAGUCGACAGAGAAGAGCUCGAGAAGACUUGCACAGAACAGAGAGGCUGCUCGGAAAAGUCGCUUGCGGAAAAAGGCUUACAUCAAGCAGCUAGAGACAAGCCGUAUAAAGUUGGCCCAAUUAGAGCAAGAGCUUCAACGGACUCGACAGCAGGGUGUAUAUGCAAACGGGAACCUGGGAGACUCAACUCUCGGAUUUACAGGGUCACUAGAUGCAGGUGUUGCUGCGUUCGAGAUAGAGUACAGCCACUGGGUGGACGAGCAGAACAGGCACACGGCCGAGCUGAGGUCUGCCCUCCAGGGGCACACGACGGAGCUCGAGCUGCGCAUGCUCGUCGAGACCGGGCUCAGCAACUACGAGCACCUCUUCUGGAUCAAGUCGAUGGCUGCCAAUUCCGACGUGUUGUACGUUAUGUCCGGCAUGUGGAAGACCCCCGCCGAGCGGUUCUUCCUCUGGAUCGGCGGGUUCCGGCCGUCGGAAGUCCUCAAGAUCCUGAGCCCGCAGCUGGAGCCACUGACGGAGCCGCAGCUCGUUGCCGUGUGCGGCCUGCGGAAUAGCUCGACGCAGUUCGAGGACGCCCUCUCGCAGGGUAUGGAUAAGCUGCAGCAGACGCUCGCGGAGACCCUGACGGCGGCCAGCACGUUCGGCUCGUCCGACGCCUACAUGCUGCAGAUGGCCAACGCGGUGGAGAAGCUGAAAGCCCUCGUCAGCUUCGUCGACCAGGCGGACCAUCUACGGCACACGACGUUGAAGGAGAUGCACAAGAUUUUGACGACGCGGCAGGCGGCGCGGGGCCUCCUCGCGCUCGGCGACUACUUCCAGCGCCUCCGCGCGCUGAGCCAGCUAUGGGCAGCCCGUCAGCGCCAGUCGGCCAUAAGCUAGAUGCAGUGGUGAAUGAAAGGCUACAUAAAGAUUAAACGAGUAAUUCGUUGUAUAGUUCCCAGGUCGAUCACCAGCGGAGGGAUGAAGAAAUCUGCCUCGCUGGGUUCGGGAUUUCGGAUGACGAAUUGAUGGCUUUUCAGCAGCGCGUGGGCAGCCUGCGUUUCAGGAAGUGGUGCGUGUUCGCAAGGUUGCGCGGGAGAUGUGUAAAUAUUUUGUUUUGGUACCAUGCCUGAGGCCUUCUACGUCCGUACUAUAAGUGAUGAAGCUUUAUAUAAGUAGUGUUGUGAUAUAUAUGAUGUAA